AUGGCCGACGUGACAACUCCGGCAUACCAAUACACUCCUCUAUCACAUCCCGAAUCAAUCCGGAUUCUCGUCCUGCAUCCGGCGCAAGACCGAGAUACGCCCAUUGUGUGCAGCUUUCUAGACGAGAAUCCUAUCGUGCCGACGAUAGAAGGAUGGGAAUGCAGAGCUGUCGACCCAGACGGAUGUACAGGAGACUGUUUCUAUAGCCACAUCGAUGAAGAAUCUCAUCAUGGUUCCAAUGGGAAGUCUCUCUGCGAUUCUGCAGAAGAUUCUGAAGAUGAACAUGCAGAUGAGAGGCAAGAGCUUGCCAUUGAGAACAUGGAUCAUGCUGACGAUAACCACGACGACAAGCCAGAAAACGAGGGAGAUGACGGCAUCUCUACCGAUGACACUGACGUUAAUUUCAACAAGGAGAGCAACGAAAGCAAUGAUGAGGUCCUCUGCUGUGAAUGCGGUUACGAUAAAUAUGAGAAAGAGCACGGGGACGAGGAGAAUGACGACGGUUGCCCUUGCGACUGCCACAACGACGAACCCGUCAGAGUCAAUAGUGCCGAGAGCGUCGUCAGUUUGUUGCCAACGAGAGAAUGGCAUAAAAAGGUCUUUCGCCCCCCUGGUUUUCCGGAAUAUGAGGCUUUAUCAUACACAUGGGGCGACGCCUCCGAUUCACUUCCAGUUAUGCUUGGGCCUGAUGGAGCUCAGGUCAUGGUCACUCCGAAUUGUUUUGGAGCGCUUCAAAAUCUUCGCCUGCAGACGUCUGAUCGACUGCUCUGGAAUGAUGCCAUCUGCAUAAACCAGAAGGACGAUCUGGAAAAAACAGGUCAGGUUCGCAUGAUGGGUCGAGUAUAUGCAGCAUCCUAUCGAGUUGUCAUAUGUCUCGGAGACGAAACGCCGUCCAGUCGCCUCGUAUUCAAAGAGCUAGCAUUAGCAGAACAAGCGACUCCGGUAUGGAACGGACGACACUGGCAUCCAGAUCGGCCAAAGCCUCGACAAGAGCUCAUCGAGGCCAUGGAUGUUCUCCUUGAGCGGCCAUGGUUUCAUAGGGUUUGGGUACUUCAAGAAGCCAAGAACUCCAAACUUGCCACUCUUCCUGACCCCGCCAUUCUUUGCGGCCCAUCCUUGUCACGAUCAAGCCUACUCGUUGAAUGUGUGUUUGGCUACACUUGGAAUCGAGUAACCAAGCAUCUGCUCCCAUUUUCUAUGAGUAGAUAUAUUCAGGAAGAGGAGACGAAAACACUAUUAGACAUCAUCCUUGCCACCGCUGGAUGUGCAGCAACCGAUUCUCGAGAUAGAAUCUUUGCUCUGGAAGGUUUGAUGAGAGAACAUGACGCGAAAUUCAACGACUUGAUCAGCUACACGGAUGGUUUCGAGCUCACGUUUCUCAAGGUAGCACAAUACUUGCUCGACUCUAGGUCUGAUCUUGCAUUGCUUUCAACAAUUAGGCAUCCUCAUCAGAUGAACAUGCCUUCAUGGGUCCCACCCUGGACACACGAGUUCCACAAUUCGUUUCUCAACGUAGGCCUCAAAUGCGACUCUGGCUUCGCAGCUGCAAAAGCUACCGUCGAAAUUCGAUUUGAAGCUUGUACAUGUGCGAGGUGCACAGGCAAACAUGCUGUUCUGCGAAUAAGAGGCUUUCAAGUCUCUAUUAUUGAGCGGAUAGGAAAACCUUUCACUGCGAAUGAACCCUUGUUGUUGGAAGAACAAGUGCGAGGCUUGAUGGAACUAAGUGAUGACGACGCCGCCUCGUGGGAUUACCUUCAAAGUCCCCAAACCGAGAUUCUUGACGGUUCGUCUGAUGUGGCUGAAGGUUGCACCGAGAAUUCCACUGACAUUCUUUCUCAAAGACCUUCAUUGUUUUGA